AUGGGCGAGAAAGAGCAGCAGCGCAAAGCCGUCUGCGGCGACAUCCCGCCCAUCCCGGACGAGCUCACCAACGAACACGCCGUCUACGGCUACCUCGUCACCCCCGCCCACCUUCACUAUUUCACCAAAUCCGAAAACCAGAUAUUCAUGCCACGGGGUGUUAUCAAGACGGCUGCGCUCAAAGCCGGCUUGGCUGCCAUAGUGCUCCGCGUCACCUGGGUCCACCUCCAGGAUCUCUACAGCUCGAACCCGGACGGCGACCAACACGUGAUCCUCGCCCGGACGAGGCGCAAGCACGGGGGUGCGGAGCGUCCCGUGGAGGACCUCCGUCAGCGAAGCGGGUCCCUCCGGGAGUUUGAAAGGCUGUUGGGGCUCAAGGAAGGCCCCAAGUGGAUGAAGGCCGAUCGGUGA